CAGCGCAGGCGAGGCUGCGAGGGAGCCGGCGGCGGUGGGGCUGCGGCUCGGCCACGACCGCUGUCGCGGCCUGAGCCCUUCCACCCGCCGCCAGCAUGAAGGACAGCGGGGACUCCAAGGACCAGCAACUCAUGGUGGCGCUCCGGGUCCGGCCCAUCAGCGUGGCGGAGCUGGAAGAAGGAGCCACUCUCAUCGCCCAUAAAGUAGACGAGCAGAUGGUGGUUCUUAUGGACCCAAUGGAAGACCCCGACGACAUCCUGCGGGCGCAUCGCUCCCGGGAGAAGUCCUACCUAUUCGACGUGGCCUUUGACUUCACUGCCACCCAGGAGAUGGUGUAUCAGGCCACCACCAAGAGCCUCAUUGAAGGCGUCAUCUCAGGCUACAAUGCCACUGUCUUUGCCUAUGGUCCCACAGGCUGCGGGAAAACCUACACCAUGCUGGGCACAGACCACGAACCCGGCAUCUACGUUCGGACCCUCAAUGACCUCUUCUGUGCCAUUGAGGAGACCAGCAACGACAUGGAAUAUGAGGUGUCCAUGUCCUACCUGGAGAUCUACAAUGAGAUGAUCCGGGACCUGCUGAACCCUGCCCUGGGGUACCUGGAGCUGAGGGAGGACUCCAAAGGGGUGAUCCAGGUGGCCGGGAUCACCGAGGUCUCCACCGUCAAUGCCAAAGAGAUCAUGCAGCUGCUGUUGAAGGGGAACCGGCAGAGGACCCAGGAGCCCACGGCCGCCAACCAGACGUCCUCCCGCUCCCACGCCGUGCUCCAGGUGGCCGUGCGUCAGCGCAGCCGGGUCAAGAACGUCCUGCAGGAGGUGCGGCAGGGCCGCCUGUUCAUGAUCGACCUGGCUGGCUCGGAGCGGGCCUCCCAGACACAGAACCGUGGGCAGCGCAUGAAAGAGGGGGCCCACAUCAAUCGCUCGCUGCUGGCCCUGGGCAACUGCAUCAACGCGCUGAGUGACAAGAGCAGCAACAAGUACAUCAACUAUCGUGACAGCAAGCUCACCCGGCUCCUGAAGGAUUCCCUGGGGGGAAACAGCCGCACAGUGAUGAUCGCCCACAUCAGCCCAGCGAGCAGUGCCUUUGAGGAAUCCCGGAACACCCUGACCUACGCUGGCCGGGCCAAGAACAUCAAGACCAGGGUGAAGCAGAACCUGCUCAACGUCUCCUACCACAUCGCGCAAUACACCAGCAUCAUCGCCGACCUGCGGGGCGAGAUCGAAAGGCUCAAGUGCAAGAUGGACAAGCAGGGUGGGCGGGGCCAGGCCCAUGGCCGGCUGGAGCGGGGCGACAUCUGUCACAUCCAAGCCAAGGUCCAGCUGCACAGCGAGAAGGGUGAGCAGGCUGAGAUGGGACAGCUGCGGGAGCAGCUCCUCAGCGCCUUCCAGGAGCAGAUGGACGUGCGGAGACACCUGCUGGAGCUGGAGAACCACGCCAUGGAGGUGCAGAUCGACACCUCCCGCCACCUGCUCACCAUUGCAGGCUGGGAGCACGAGAAGUCACGCAGGGCACUCAAGUGGAGGGAGGAGCAACGCAAGGAGUCCUACACCAAGGACGACAGUGAGAAGGACUCGGACACAGGCGAUGACCAGCCAGACAUCCUGGAGCCCCCUGAGGUGGCCUGCGCCCGGGAGAGCAUCGCUGCCCUGACGGGGGAGCAGAAGAAGCUGCGAAAGCAGAAGCUGACGCUGGAGCAGCGCUGCCGAGAGCUGCGCGCGCGCGGCCGGCGCCUAGAGGAGACGCUGCCGCGGCGCAUCGGCUCCGAGGAGCAGCGCGAGGUGCUCAGCCUGCUGUGCCGCGUGCACGAGCUCGAGGUGGAGAACACGGAGAUGCAGUCGCACGCGCUGCUCCGCGACGGCGCGCUCCGCCACCGCCGCGAGGCCCUGCGCCGCCUGGAGCAGCACCGCAGCCUCUGCGACGAGAUCAUCCAGGGCCAGCGGCAGAUCAUCGACGACUACAGCUUGGCCGUCCCGCAGCGCCUGCAGGAGCUGUACGACGUGUACGUGCGAGCGCAGGACGAGGGCAGCCUGGAGCGGGCCGCCAUCAUGGACCGCGUGGCCUCUGGGGCCCUGCAGGACAGCUCCAUGCCCAAAAUUAGCAGAGCAGGAACCUUGCCGACCCCAGAGUCUGACCCAGAGAGCGUGAAGACGCUGAGCUCCGAAACCCAGCUCCUGCAGGGCAGCUUCCUGCCUCCGAUCAGCACAGAGAGCUCCCUCCUAGGGUGGGGGUGGGACUGCAGUGGGACCAGCCUGGUCAACAGAUGCCCAUCCUCCUCUGCCAACCUCAGUGAAGCCAACCACGUGUCCAAGGCCAGUUCCGGGGCCUGGCAGGUGAAGAGCUCCUCUGUGCCCACCCCACCCCCCAUCCAGAUUGGCAGCCUGGUGACGCAGGAGGCCCCCACUCAGGACAGCCUGGGCAGCCUGAGCGGCCGGAUCAACUCCUCCCCUGACAGCAGUGAGAACCUGUCAGAGAUCCCUUUGUCCUGCAAAGAGAGGAAGGAGAUCCUGACGGACACCAAGUGCAUCUCGGUGAAGGCUGCCCGGCGACGCUCUCGGGCCCUGGGCGCCGAGGGGCGCCACCUGCUGGCACCCAGCAUGGAGCGCAGCAGCCUGUCCCUGCACUCGCUGAGCGAGGCUGACGAUGCGCGGCCCCCCGGUCUGCUGGCCUGCAAGCGGCCACCCAGCCCCAUGCUGCAGCACGCUGCCAGUGAGGACAACCUGUCCAGCAGCACGGGUGAGGCCCCAUCCCGGGCCGUCGAGCAUCGUGGCGAUGGCCCCGGGCCCUGGCUGCGUGGCCAGAAGAAAAGCCUGGGCAAGAAACGGGAGGAGUUGCUGGAGGCAAAGAGGAGGAAGCGGAGGUCACAGUCCUUUGAGGUCACAGGGCAAGGGCUCUCCCGCCCCAAGACACACCUCCUGGGGCCCCAUCCCGCGCAGAGCAUCUCGGACCACAGGGUGCAAGUGUGCGGCCACCCAGCCUCUGGUACCCGGCAUCUGGGAAAGGUCUCCCUGCCUAUGGCCAAGGUCAAACUCCCUCCAAGCCAGAACACAGGUCAGUACCAGCAAAGGAGGGAAUGGGAGGGGAGCGCUUGGUCAGCCCAGGGAGGAAGCAUGUGGAGCUCCCUGCCCUAUGGCUGCCCCUUGCUGGAAACAAGGUUCUUGAAGAAUAUUUGUGGGGCUGGCACCUUGGGGUUGUGCCCCUAGGGAGUUCAAAGCCACUGGGUGAUCAGAGGGGACGGAGGGGCAUUCCUAAAGCACUGCUCGUGGCCCUUCCCCUGUUGCAGGCCCUGGGGACUCCUCACCCCUUGCUGUCCCCUCCAACCCAGCUGGUGUUUCCCAACGGGCUACCCGGGGGCCCCGCCUGCCCCAUGGCACAAGCACCCAUGGCAAAGAUGGACGCUUCCAACAUAACUGAGGGGCCCUGCCUGGAACCGGCCCUCCUGCCCCCAAGACUGCAUGGGGUGUAGCAGGAAAUGGGAGAUGGAGGCUGGGCAGACGGGGGUGCCCUGCGAGCAGGAGCUCAGGAUCUCAGAAGGCGGGGGCUCCUGAGACCCGGGAACGGUGAGGGUGCCUGCCCAGCACUUCCGUGCUUGCGGUGCCACUGGGAAAGGGAGGUGAGCCCAGGCGGCACGGCCGGGAUGGCAGGGCUCCCUGGCCUCCCAGCCCUGGACAGAAAACCCUGCUGCCAAAACCCCGUUCUGAGACCUGUGGCCCGACUUGGCCUCAGAAAUGGGGGGGAGGGAACUGUUAAUGGGGCAGGGCUCCUGGGCCCACAUCUGGGGCAGGAACAUUCCCAUGCUGUGCUUGGGGUCGGGGAGGGAAUCUGGUUUUGUUACUUAGCAGUGGCUUCCACCCCCACCAAGCCCCCUUUUUAACAAUAAAAUCCCGUU